AUGGUGCUGAUCCGAAGCAGAUGGCUCCUGCUCAGUGCUGCAUUCCUGAGUGCGGGGGCUGAGAUUAUUAUCACCCCCGAGCCUGCCCAGCCAGCCGAGGGCGACAACGUCACUCUGGCUGUCCAAGGGCUUUCGGGGGAACUGCUGGCCUACAACUGGUACGCGGGGCCCACGCUCAGCCUGUCUUACCUGGUAGCCAGCUACAUCGUAAGCACAGGCGAUGAGACCCCAGGCCCAGCCCACACGGGGCGGGAGGCUGUGCGCCCCGACGGUGGCCUGGACAUCCAGGGUGCCCUGCCUGGGCACUCGGGCACCUACAUCCUGCAGACUCUCAACAGGCAAUUUCAGACGGAGGUGGGCUACGGACACAUGCAGGUCUAUGAGAUCCUGGCCCAGCCCGUGGUCAUGGCCAACAGCACGGCCUUGGUGGAGCGCCGGGACACCCUACACCUGAUGUGCAUCAGCCCCAGCCCCGCUGAGGUCCGCUGGUUCUUCAACGGCGACACCUUGCCCAUCGCCGUGCGCCUUGGCCUGUCCCCCGACGGCCGGGUGCUGACCCGGCAUGGCGUCCGCAGGGAGGAGGCUGGCGCCUAUCAGUGUGAGGUCUGGAACCCUGUCAGUGUCAGCCGCAGCGAGCCCGUCAACCUGACCGUGUACUUUGGCCCAGAACGCGUGGCCAUACUCCAGGACUCCACCGCCCGCACAGGCUGCACCAUCAGAGUCGACUUCAACACCUCCCUCACGCUGUGGUGUGUGUCCCGGUCCUGCCCGGAGCCCGAGUACGUGUGGGCCUUCAACGGGCGGGCCUUAAGGAACGACCAAGACCACCUGAACAUCAGUGGCAUGACGGCCGCCCAGGAGGGCACGUACACGUGUAUUGCUAAGAACCCCAAGACCCUGCUCUCUGGAUCUGCCUCAGUGGUGGUCAAACUCUCUGCGGCCUCGGUCGUCAUGACCAUCGUUCCGGUGCCCACCCGGCCGGUGGAGGGCCAGGACGUGACGCUGACCGUCCAGGGCUACCCCAAGGAUCUGCUGGUCUACGCCUGGUACCGCGGGCCUGCCUCUGAGCCCAACCGGCUUCUCAGCCAGCUUCCUUCGGGUAACUGGAUCGCAGGCCCCGCGCACACAGGCCGGGAGGUGGGCUUCCCCAACUGCUCACUGCUGGUGCAGAAGCUGAACCUCACGGAUGCCGGCCGCUACACACUCAAGACCGUCACGCUGCAGGGCAAGACGGAGACGCUGGAAGUGGAGCUGCAGGUGGCCCUCAACCUUCCUUCCUCGCACAAGGACCAACGCCACACCUUCCUGAAUCUGAACCUGGCGCAGGCUGAGCAUGGGGCGGGUGGGGCCGCCGGGAGGCCAGGGUCGGGCAGGGGCGCAGGAGGAAUGGGGGCACCGGGGACCUGGUCCCCCGCCUCCGCUGAUGGCUUCCUCCACCCCUGUGCCCCGUCCCUCCCCCACAAGUUAGAGCCAACAUGGCCCUACUCCUUCACCGAGAUGUCGGAGAGCCACAGAGGCUAUAAACAUCCUGGUUAA